UGCUGGUUGAGAAUAGGAAGAAGAAGGGGAUAGAUUCCCAUUUCCCCCACUCACAAUCAUAAGCUCUUCCCCCAUUUUUCCCUUGUCUCUCAAAUCUUUCUCUUUUUAGGGUUCUUUUUUUUUUUUUUAACUUCAACAAAACCCCAUAUUUUCCUUGUAUUCCCUAAAAAAUCUCUUCACUUGGAACUUCCCAUAUUUCUGGAAAAACCCAUGCCAAAGCUUCCUCUUUGAGCUGAAUCCCAACAUCUCUUGAAGCAAAUUUCUGAGAAGAAUUGAGCUGAGAUGGUGAGGGGGAAAGUUGAGAUGAAACGGAUUGAAAAUUCGACAAGUCGGCAAGUGACCUUCUCAAAGCGCCGAAAUGGGCUUCUGAAGAAGGCGUACGAGCUGUCGGUUCUUUGUGAUGCUCAAGUCUCCGUCCUCAUCUUCUCUCAGAAAGGCAGGCUCUAUGAGUUCUCCAGCUCCGAUAUGCAGAAGUCAAUCGAACGCUAUCAUAAGUACGGGAAAGAUGGACAGACCAAUGCUUUCCGCUCCGAAGGAUACAUGCAGCAAUUGAAGCAAGAAGCUGAGAUGACGGCAAAAAAAAUAGAGCAUCUUGAAAAUUCACAACAGAAGCUUUUGGGACGUGGCUUGGAUUCUUGUUCUCUCAAGGAACUUCGAGAGAUCGAAAGACAGUUGGAAUUGAGCUUAUCCCGUAUUAGAGAAAGAAAAUCUCAACUAUUCAAGGAGCAGAAAGAGAAACUGAUUGAGAAGGGGAAGCUCCUUACAGAAGAGAAUGCAAAGUUAUCUGCAAAGUGUGGUGCUGAGCCAUGGCAAGCAGAAGAAGGUGGUGGUGGAGGUGAUGCAGAGGGAGGUAUUGUGGGUUUAUGCAGCCAAAGUAGCAAAAGCAAUUCUGAUAUGCAGACCGAACUGUUCAUUGGAUUGCCCUGCAUGUAACUCCAAAUUCAUUGUUCAACCCAAUCAAAUGAAGGGGUGCCAUGUAGAAUAUGUAAUAAUCCCAUGUGUUAUAAGUCAUAACUAUAUAUUUAAGUUUCUUGCGAGUAAUGUUUAGUUU